AUGGCUUCUUUGCUGCGCCAGAUCGUCGCAGGGCCUCGGACCCGGCAUCCCGAGACCGGGUUGGACCUGUGCUAUGUCACCGACAAUAUCAUCGCAACGUCCGGUCCCUCGCAUACAUACCCGCAGCGUGCCUAUCGCAACCCGCUCGACCGACUCGUUUCUUUCCUCGAUUCUAAGCAUGGCGAGAACUGGGCGAUAUGGGAGUUCCGCGGCGAAGGCACCGGCUACCCCGAUGAGCUAGUCUACAAUCGAAUUAGACACUACCCCUGGCCCGAUCACCACCCGCCUCCGUUCAGAUUAGUACCAAUGAUCGUCGCGAGCAUGCGGAACUGGCUGAACGGAAACAAUCUCGACGCCGACACCAUCGAGACGGAGGGACCUGGUGGCAAGAACAGGCUGGUCGAGAAGGUCCUAGACAAGUGGAAAGACAAGAAAGGUGACAGAGUAGUGGUCGUGCACUGCAAGGCGGGCAAGGGUCGCAGUGGGACGAUGGCUUGUAGCUAUCUCAUCGCUGAAUGCGGUUGGACGCCGGAGGAGGCCUUGACUAGGUUCACGGAGCGGCGGAUGCGGCCCAAGUUCGGCGGCGGCGUGACUAUCCCGAGCCAGCUACGGUGGGUGGGGUAUGUCGACCGCUGGACUAAGGGAGGGAAGAAGUUUGUCGAUAGGGAGCUGGAAAUCGUCGAGAUCCACGUCUGGGGGCUACGUCCUGGCGUGAAACUCUCGGUUGAGGGAUUCGUGGAAGGGGGGAGAAAAAUCAAGGUCAUCCAUACUUUCACGAAGAGGGAGCGGCUAAUAGUUGAAGGCAACGCUCCCGGAGACAACGGAGUCAUGGCCAUGAUCUCGGAUAUGACCGGCUACGGGGUUAGCCCUACCACAGAGGGUAAUCAACUCCGCGAAGCGAAGCAACUCGGUCGGGAGGACGAAGCCACGAAGUCAUCAGAAUCUGACAACAGUAUAACGACAAAGUCAAAAGCUAUGCGGAGUCCACCACUCAUUUCCAAGAUUCCACGAAACAAAAAUACCGGCCCUGCUAGCUCUACACCUCGUGCGUCCGACAUCGACACGGAAUCCGAUACUACGGACCCCCAGAACUCACCUCCAUCACCUCAGACGAGCGAUCUCGAUCCCGAACCUGGCGGUAUGGCGGUUAUAUUCAAGCCUCGAAAGCCUAUUCUGUUGCCCAAUAGCGAUGUCAACAUAUGCGUUGAACGGCGCAAUCGCGCGACUAUGAAUCUAACCAUGGUCACCUCCGUGGCUCACGUAUGGUUUAAUACCUUCUUCGAAGGCAACGGGCCCGAGCAGGAUGGCAAUCCCGAUCGGAGCGGGGUCUUCACGAUCAACUGGGAUGAGAUGGAUGGAAUCAAGGGUUCUGUCCAAAAGGGCACGCGCGCCGCCGACAGAAUAUCCGUCGUAUGGAGCACACCAGCCUCUAAGGACGAGGAAGAGGAAUUAACCAUGCCAGACAUGGGCUCACCGGUGCCACAGAUGCCGGCGGCCGACUGGAAAGGGGGAAACGACGAGGACCCCGACAGCCAGAGACGUCUGGGCUUGCGUACCGAGAGCCCCAGCAGCGCAGACGUCAGCAAAGCUAGCAGUCUCAAGGACGAGGCCAUCGCCGAGGCUCACGCCAAGGGUGGGGAUAUUGAGGAUACGAGGUCGGCCGUAGAGACGGACACGGAAGGGGAGGAGGACGACACUCGGAAGAAAGAAACAAGCCAAGCGAAAACACGAGACACAUAA